GUGCACCUUGGCAGCCAGGGGCGGGUGCGUGGGGAGGAGGGCGAGUGCAGUAAGGAGUUAGUGGGAGCGCCCCGCGGAAGGGACGGGCGUGGGUCCCACGGUCCCCCUUGGCAAUCUAACGCGGGGCUCUGGACCAAGAGGCCCCCUACUGCCUGCGGUCCACCACACCUGGCCCUCCCGCACCCCAGAGCGGAUGGAAGUGUGGGCGGCACUCGCAGCCGUGGCUUCGGACACCAGGCACUGGGCAAGAGCAAGACAGCCUGUGGCACUUGCCCUCAGCUCGCCGCCCCAUGGUAGCUCCAUCCUUGAUGCUGUCUUGGCUCCCCAGAUUUUCCCCUGGAACGACCUUCCUCCUUUCACUCGUUAGCUCUGCCCCUCUUUGCUUGGCCUCUGGGGCCACUCUCCCUCCCUCUUUUUCCGAAUGUCUCUGAGACAUCUUUGGGUCUCUGUUCUGGGCUUAGCCGAAGUUCCCAGAACUCGGAGGUAUGCAGGAUCCUAAGAGGGUCUCAGAGCUGGGAGCAGCAGUUCACAGGGCAUCCCAUGGGCUCUGGGACAGAGGCACUAGUGGCUAGGACGUGGCUGCUUACUGCCCGGGGAUGCCCAUCACAGGCACGUGUCCCCCUUCCAGACUUCCCUGGGAUUCCAUGGAACUUGAGCUGACCGAGGUGGACAUUUGGUAAAAGGAGCCUCAUUUCCCAGACUAGCAGUUGACCUUGCUAAGAGCGUUUCCUCCGCCUCCCGCCCCCCUCCAAGUACCUGCCUCCUGGAGGGUGUCUCAGACAUUCCAUCCUGGGGGUUCACUAUUUUGCCUUGGCCCUAUCUUCUUCCAGCUCCCCGGCCUCUAGCCUGCGGCCCUGUGCUGCCUGUCUAAAAUCUGGCCAGUGCCUGUUAGACCCCACCCUCAUUUCUUCCUCUGGCCUAGGCUGGGCCCCAAGAACCUACCCUGCUGCAUUGCUGGGGAAGGUCUGAGGGUGGGCCUAUGAUUUCUGGCAGGGACUCUCUUUCUACUGUCCUCACUGUGGAGGCUCUGACCUAGUCUUUCCAUCCCGUGCCUUGCCUGGGUAGGCAUGGCCGUGUUCAGGCAAGAUGUCGGCCUCCCUCUGGUGAUAGGCCCUCAGGGCAUGGCCCAGGGGUCUGUGGGUGAAGGGGUGUUCUUGGGGGGGAACUGGGCACCUUGGAGUCCCAGGUGGUCCCAGCCUCCUGACUCUGAAACCUGUUUGGGUCCUCAGGUCUGCUGUGUUCUUUGCUGUCCCCUGCCUCGGCACACCAAUCUUUCCUUCUGCUGCCCUGACAGCCUGCUGUUCAUCCCUUAGGGAGGCCUCAGGCCAGCUGAUCUUCCUCCAGGAAGCCUUCCUGGCUCUCAAGGCUGGGUCAAUCUCUCCCUCUCUUGCCACACUUCUCUACAGCCCUGGGCACUGUAUGGCAGCUGUCCCUGCUCUUCCUCUGAGGGAGCAGCAUAACAAAGAUCAGGCCUAAGCUGUGAGCUUUGGGCCAGCCCGGCAUCGGCAUCAGCAUGAGCACUCUGCAGUCAGCUUCAUCGGAGAGUCCUACAGAGGGCGCCAGAGGCCCAGCAGGGAAGGCUGCAGUAGGCGUCCGGGAGAAGGGCCCUCGGCUCUGCCAGCGACUGCCCUCUAUUGUGGUGGAACCCACUGAAAUGGGUGCUGUGGAAAGUGGGGAGCUGCGCUGGCCACCUGAGGGCACCCAGAGGAGUACCCCUCAGAUCCAGGCUGCUGCUGUCCACCAGGAGCGCCAGGGAAGGCAGCAGAUCACGAUGGCAUCGAGGGCGUCAGCUCUGGGCACCAGGCAUUCCCUGUCCAGUAACAGAGAAGGGCAUGGCAAGCUCCGCUCUCUGACCCCCGAGAGGGCCUUGAUCCCACGACGACUGGCUGAUUGACAGAAAAGACUGGGCCCACCAGGACUCACCAAGCUUCCUGUCUGGCCAAGUGUGGCCAGGACCUCAGUCCCUGCCUUUGUGUUCCAUGGUCCAGAUCUGGAGUAUACCCCUCUUUGUCCAGUGAUUUGAAGCAGAAAUAAAGGCACACUUCCCGGUGGCCAUGGGCA